AUGUCCCACUCCCACUCCCACUCCUCCUCCUCCUCCUCCAUUGCCACCACCACGGCCUCGUCCUCGUCCUCGUCCUCCUCCUCUACCAUCACCACCAAUCAUAAUAAUAAUAAUAAUAAUAACAAUAAUAACAACAGUAAUGUUCAGAAUCACCAGCAUUGUCAGCCACCAUCACAACAACAACAACAACAGCAGCAGCAGCAGCAGCAGCGCCAGCAGCAGCAGCAGCACCACCCGGUGAUCAUCUACACGCACUCCCCGAAGGUCAUCCACACCGACGCCCGCGACUUCAUGGCCCUCGUCCAGAAGCUCACCGGCCUCGACAACUCCUCCGCCUCCGCCUCCGCAUCCGCCGCGUCGUCGCACCCCCCGCCGUGCAAUGGCGCCAAGGAAGGAGGCGACGGCGCCAAUGGCCUCCUCCCCGCCGACGAGUCGCCCACGUCGUCCGAGACCUGCAUUGCGGCGGGCCCCGCCGUCGCCGCCGACGUCCACGUGGGAAUGAAUUGUGCGCCGUUGGUUUUUGAGCCGUUCGCGACGGAGAUCCCGAUCUUCGGGCCCGCAGGGUGCGGCGGCGGUGGCGGCGGUGCCGAAUUCUUCUGCGGGGCCCCGGCCGGGGGGUUCUACAGAUAUCCGGCGGAGCCCGCGGUGUUCUCCGCCGCGGCCCCACCAAUGCCGAAUUUCGGUGGCGGCGGCGCGGGAUCGCCGUUCUCGCCGUCGGUGAUGGAAGCCAUGAGGGCGUUCACAGAGUAUUAACAGAGUAAUUUUUAUUUAAUUUUUAAUUAUAAUAUAAUAAUAAUUAUUAGAGUAAAACUUUAAAUAUUACUUUCAGUGGUUUUAUACUUUCU